GACGCGAAGCUACGAAUCAACCGCCGCGCCGGCAAGGAAAACGUUCAACAUAAACCAGUUAUCGUACCUUCAGACCUCGCAAAGAUAAGGGCCAGCCCUUUCCUCAGUGUCACAAAUCCAGCCGGAUUGCUAAGGAGAACUUGGUUUUACGUUUCUCUGUACUGGUGCAGGAGUGGAAGGGAGGGACAGCGAGAUCUUCGCCGCGACAGUUUCAAGUUCACCAAAGAUGGAAACGGCCGCGAGCACGCAGUUAUACCCCGCGAAGAAGCUACAAAAAACCAUCCUGGUGGUGAAACCAGCAAGUCCUCAGCUGAACGAGAAACAAGGCUUUACAGCACUGGAUGA